AUGACUGAAUACGUCAAGGUCGAGAAGAUCAUCCCCAAGUUCCCGCCGCCGGCGUUCAGCGACAUCGCCAAGGCCUCGAACGACCUUAUCAACAAGGACUUCUACCACACUGCCGCAGCUGCCCUUGAGGUCAAGCUCAAGGCCCCUAACGGUGUCAACUUCACCGCCAAGGGAACCUCUGCCCACGAUGGGCCCGUCACCUCUUCUCUUGAGGGCAAGAAGUCGCUUUCCAACGGCAUCAGCAUCACCCAGUCAUGGAAUACUGCCAACAUGCUGGCGACCAAGGUCGAGCUCAACGACACCUUCGCCAGCGGCUUGAAGACCGAGGUUCUCUCCAACUUCAGCCCCGCUGCCGGCAACAAGGGCCAGAAGGUCAACCUUCACUUCAAGCAGCCCGCUUUCCACGGCCGUGCUUUCGUCGACUACUCGGCCGCCGGCGCAAUUGGCACCACUGCCGAUGCUGUUGUUAGCCACGAGGGCAUGGUCGUCGGUGGUGAGGUCGGUUACGAUGUGCAGAAGGCUGCCAUCACCAAGUACUCCGCCGCUGUCGGAUACACCACCCCUCUCUACAACGCUGCCGUCACUGCCACCAACUCCCUGAGCGUCUUCACCGCCUCUUACUACCAGCGCGUCAAUCCCGCUGUUGAGGCCGGUGCUCGCGCUGUCUGGGACUCAAAGUCUGGCAACAACGUUGGCCUCGAGCUCGCUGCCAAGUACAAGCUUGACCCUGCGUCUUUCGCUAAGGCCAAGAUCAACAACCUUGGAAUUGCUUCCCUCGCCUACAACACCAAGGUCAACAGCGGUUUGACCUUCGGUAUUGGUGGCUCUUUCGAUACCCAGAAGCUGAACGAGGCCGGCCACAAGCUCGGCACCAGCUUCACCUUCGAGGGUUAA